GACUUCCUCCACAACGAUCGUCUCGCCUUACAAAAAUGCACUCUGGUUAACAAGGCAUUAAGUCCUCGAGCGAGGACACUGCUGUUUCGGCGGCUUUGUCUGACGGUAUCCAACUACAAAUAUUUCAACGACUGGUGCAUAGAAUGCCCGGAGCGAGCUGGUCUCGUUCAGGAGUUGACGUUUAUGAUGCACGAAACCUUAAUCAACGGCCGACUGGUGCGUUCGUCCAAUCGCAACGAUAUAUGGGUCCAGACGACGAUGACCGCGGUGGCCAACGUGCUUACUGGACUCACGACCCUUCACUUGAAUGAUUUAACCAUAGACCGCAACCUCGCGCUCUCUUUCAAGAAAUACCUCCCAACGAUACAGGAACUGCGUUUCUCCACGUGCACUUUCGACUACGUGGAUACCCUUUUCUUUCUGUGCAGUUCAUUCCCCAGGUUGAGCAGGCUCGACAUGAUACAACCUGAUCUUGAUCAUUCGAGCAUCGAGAACCUACAGUUUUCGGAUAGACCUAGACCAGCAUUUGAUCUGCAUCUUACCUCAUUGUCCCUCACCAAUCGUUACCCUAGAGAUGUCGUCGCACGGCGCGUCCUCAAGUGGCUUCUGGUAAACCGGCUCUAUGGACAGGUCAGGUCUUUGAAAUUGACGGACAUUACAAAGUCGGAUGUCGAGAUCGUUCAGGAGUUCCUCAAUACUGCGGGACCAGGCUUGGAACAUCUUCUACUCGGGUUCGAUAGUGGUUACGGAUACAUGCAAGAGACUGACACACCUUUGCUCAACUUGUCCCCCGCCGCGAACUUGCAGACCCUUGGUUUCGCGGUGCAUCUUCGUCCGUCCGGUAAUGGGGAGGUUCCUCACCAUUUCAAUUCCCAUCAACCGAUCAAGUGGAUCCCCAACGUACUCAGCACAAUGGCGUCUAACAGGUUGAAACUUCUUCGGUUCAAGGCGUACGCUUAUGGCAGGUGUCAUGAGUACUAUUCCGUCGACUGGGCUGGUGUUGUGGCUGUCCUCAAAUCCCGUCCUUCCUCCUCAGUGGAGAAGAUCCUCGUUGACAUUCACGCUGAUUCGUCAUGGGAGUUCGUCGUAGACAUGGUCAAGGAGAGUAUGGCGACUUUACCUCAACCUCUCAAGAUUGUGUACAAGUGCCGUAAGAGCCUCUGAUAACAGAUGUACUUUGACCGGUAGUCGUUCUGGAUAAGGUUGGGGUUGUAGUUUCUUAUAUAUAUGGACGCAUCGCGAGACUGGUUCUCUUAUAUUUAUAAAUACCUAUCGUUCGUUUACUGACGUGGAUAUGCUGUCUUUUGCACUCUUCUGCGACCAUCAUUUGGCUGCGUGUGGUAAUAAGCAGUUAGUUAGGUUAACUUUGAAUGGAACAAUGCGAGUUACAUGUUCGCCUUGCACUUCAUCAGUGG